GCAACCCAGCUGAUGUGACCACUGCCUACUGCUGCUCCAAAACGUAUUCGCUCUGUAAACAUUGAGAAUGACAAAGGUAGUGGUUGAUCAGAAGGCUUAUUUAAAAAAGUAUCUACGUUCUGACAAAGAUGAAAAAAAGAAGAAAAAGAAGAAAGUGAAAGUGCCCUCAACCAAUGUUAAAAUCAUUGACGAUGACAUUGAUUUGAACCACAUCCGUCCAGUCGACGAGGGAGAAUUCGAGAUUCUCAAUGCAACAGAGGAUGCACCUCAGAUCGUAGGAAUCAUAGAUGAACGUGGACCAGUUGAUUUUGCUGAUAAAAGACGAUGGAAAAUAAUCGCAGACGAUGGGGAUGGCAAUGUUGCUGUGAGCUGUAGCCAGGCACGUGCCAGGGACGUUGAAAAUGAAUCGAUAUCGAACGAGAGUGCUCCAAACACCUUUUCCAAGCUUCUUAAAACUGAUAAGAGGGAGAUUAAUGGUAAUUCUAAUCAGACUCCACCCAGACAAUCCAGGAAACAUUCUGACGAUGAUUUGUCUCCACCCAGGAAGGCCCACUCGAAGAAAAAAUCCAGAAAACGUAAGGAUAGUUCUAGCAGUGAGUCGAGCUCCUCCUCGAGUUCCAACUCAUCUUCAGAUUCGGAAUGUCGAAAAAAACAUAAAUCAAAGUCUCAUAAAUCGUCCAAAUAUCGUGAAGCUGGUCCUGCAGAGAAGGAUUCUGAUUUGAGCCCUCCAAGACCACGAAAACGAAGAGAUUCUAGUGAUUUGAGCCCUGUGAGGUCACGAAAACAAAGAAAGAGAAGCCCCUCAGAUACUAAAAGGUAUCAGAACCAGUCUGACAGUGAUAUGAGCCCCCCUCGACGACCCCCAAAAUAUUCUGAAAACUCCAGGCGAAGAAGACCAGACGAUGUCGUUCUGAAUCCUUCCACGAGACUCCAGGGUCACUCCAAAAGGACAUCUAACAGGCGGAGAGACUCAGAUGAAGAUUUGAGUCCCCCUAGAAGACCACAAAGAGACUCCAGAUACUCUAGACCUGAUAAAAAUUAUGAUUCAGAUUUUAGUCCACCAAGAAAAUUCAAGAGAGAAAAACGAUCAGACUCUGAUUUGAGUCCUCCUAGGAAAGUAAAUAAACUUGAAUCCAGGUCUUCCAGGCGGCAAGGAGGUUCUGAUUCUGAUUUAAGUCCUCCUAGAAGAUCGAAAAUGGAAUCAAAGCCGUCGAGGAGGCGAGGUGGUUCCGAUUCUGACUUGAGUCCGCCUAGAAAAUCAAAGAAAACUGAUUCAAGGCCAUCCAGGAGGCACGAAGGCUCGGAUUCUGACUUGAGUCCCCCUAGAAAAUCGAAGAAAACUGAUUCCAGAACAUCCAGGAGGCAGGAAAGCUCAGAUCCGGACUUGAGUCCCCCUAGACAAUCAAGGAAACCUGACUUUCAUUCUGACUUGAGUCCUCCCAGGCGGCGACGGAAUGACGAAAGAAAUGGAAAAUCAGGCUCUCAACGAGAUAAAACAGAAUCUUCACGACGAAACCAAGAGAAAUCCAGUGGAAGAAAAAAAUCCAGGUGGAACGAAGAUGAGGGAAGAGGGAAAUCUUCAUCCCCAGACAUCGAAAGACGAAUGAAGAAGACUCUAAGUGGUAAAACUGCAGGUCUGCUAGACGCCGUAGCCUUGAGGGAGGAGACAAUAGCACAUAAGAAACGAGAGAGGGAAUUAUUCAGCAAAAUGAGUGCAGAGGUGAGUGGUGAGGGACAGGCACCAGUUUUACGGGACAAGAAGACCGGGAGGAGACGUGAUUUGGCUGCUGAGGCUGCUGAUAAAAGACAAAAGGAGAAAGAACAAGCGGAGAUCGAUGAGAAAUAUGCCAAGUGGGGAAGAGGGCUGAAACAAGUGAGCGACCAAACUCAGAAGCUCAAGGACGAUCUCUACGAGAUGAGCAAACCCCUGGCAAGAUACGCCGAUGAUGUUGAUUUAGACUCACAACAACGGGCUGCGGAACACGCCGAGGAUCCAAUGCUCGCUUAUAUCAAAGAUAAACAGAUAAAGGAAGGGAAAAGAGAGCCUGAUGCACCGACUUACGAGGGUUCAUUCAUGCCAAAUCGAUUUGGAAUUAAACCGGGUCACCGGUGGGAUGGAGUUGACCGUAGCAACGGAUAUGAAAAAAAAUGGUUUGAUGCUCGUAAUGCGAGAGCAGCCACGCAAGACGAGGCGUACAAAUGGUCCAGUGCGGACAUGUAAAUUUCUCAUACGUUUCAGCAAUUAAAGCACAUAUUUUUAACAAAAAA